AACGGAACGGCAUCCUUAUGUCAACGCAAACAAAACUAUGUCAAAAUUAAUUCUAAAUUUCGUGUAAAAACAACAACAAAAUCACACAACAAUUUAUGUGCAGCAAUCCAUGUGCUCCUUUUAUUUGUGUAUAUAAUAAAGAAACGUCGUGAUGGCUGAAAAGUCUAGUGAAUCAAGUCCGAGCGAGCCUGCCAGUACUCCGAGACAGGAGGCCCAACAGUCUGGCAACUGGUGGGAUACUUGGAUAUCUUCCGCUAAGUCCAAGUCGGCAGAGGUGUACACUAUGGUGAAGAAGGACCUGGACGAGAUAGGCACCGCCGUCAAGAGCGAGGCCAGCCACGUGUUCAGCACCACCUCCACUGUCAUCGGGAAGACGCUGAAGUUGGAUGUACCAGAGUCACCAGCAAAUGUAAUGAAGAAAAGUUUCAGCAGCUUCAUUGGUCAAGUCAGCACAGUGCUGAACCCGGAACCAGAUGACGAUGAUGACACAGAGGUGAUCCUGUCAUCUGGGGACACCACCAUGCUCUCCACAUACAAGAAAGAACUAGAAGCUCUCCAGCGCGUAGAUGCAACAUUCAUAGUACCAGCAUACAGCGCGGAGUUCGAGGCCUGGCGCGGAAGCCUGGAGUCGUCGGAGGCCGGCCUGAUCAGUCUGUCCGCCGCAGCCAGGCGGCUCGAGGCCAGUCCUACGCUCAAGGCACAGUACGACAAACUUGUGCCUGAUGCCGUCUCUCAUGACGAUUUUUGGGAAAGGUAUCUAUUCCGCGUGGCCUUGCUACAGGACCGCCUGGCGGCGGCGGCCCGCAAGCAGCCCCAGGAGCAGCCCUCCACCGACCCUGUACUGGCACACCUACCCAUGCAGGCGGCCGCGCCCGUUGUACAGAGCCCGAAGAAGGUCCUCUCGGGUUUGGAAGAAGAGAAGCCAUUUGAAGCCCCCGAAAUGGACAACGUGGUCACUUGGGAAGACGAAGACUUCGCCAACGACGUGGAACUGACAGAAGAACAACAAACUCUACUUCUAGAAGAAUACGAGAGGGAGAUCGCAGGUAAGAAGACUAAACAAACUUGUUCCCGAGACAUAGCCAACAACAACACAGAUAAAACAACGAGCACAGACAAUAAAAAAUCAAAAACCGCACAAACCAGAGACAAGAUGAACAAUAAGACUUCAAAUAAAAAUGGCAGGUCACCGAAAAAGGCGCCAAAAUCUGACGUUUGUGGAAAUAAUUUAGUUGAAGAUUAUUUCGGUGACAAAGAGGUUAAAGAUGAUGCUAGCGCCAAUUCUGACGAAAGUUGGGAGAAGGAAUUUGAAAUUGAUGACGUCGUUGAGCAAAAAGCAUGAAGUGAUCCGGCCAUAUUGUAAUGUAAGGAUAAUAUAUAGUCCGGGUACAUUGUGCGUCGCGACAUAUUGUGACGUCAUACUAAACCAGCCAUACUUUCCAGAUAAUCAACUGUCUCUUCUAAACUGAACCUUAUGUCGAUU